CGCCAUAAGAAAAUCAGAAGCAGCCCUCCUCGUCUCGUUGCCCGAAGAUGGCCCAUGUGUGUGGCUAGGACAAUGCAUGCGAUGGUAUCAUUUGAUGCGACCAUUGAGGGUGUGGAGCCUAGGAUUGCGCAAUCCGACUGAGUUGCGCUGGUACGAAAUUCGCAAAACUUUCUCCAGGCAAAAGCUUCGCCAACACCGCAACGAGUUGCGCAAUUCUGCGUUGCGCAACCCUAGGAUCCAUGCCUUGAAUAGAACUCGCCCAAUGGCCUGGCUUUAGGUCUGGCUGGCUGGCUGUAGGGCUCCCUCAGGUUGUGCGUGUGAAGGUGAGAAGGCUGCGUACCCCUCUGCCUCUUCUGGGACCAGUAGCAGAAUUUCCGAUGCUCUGGGGAGACAUUUGAGCUACUUCGGAGCACGCAAGCAGAAGCACGCCUACCCCUGAUUGACGAGAAUGACAAUGGGUUUGCGGUUAUUUGUGAUAACAUCUCCAAGGAAACAUAGUUUUGAAGUUUGUGCAAAUAAAUGUAGUAAGUACCCUAACACAGGAGACGAGAGUGGAAAGCUAUGGCGGCUACUAAGGUGACGAGAGUUGGCUUAAAGCCCGCAGUCCGGAUUGUCCAAGAAGGGGGGGUUGUUAAACACUUGAAGCUGUGUAGCAAACUUUUUACCAGG